AGGAAAGAGCGGUUGAUGCACUGGUUGGAAGACACAGCAUGUAUUAAUGCUUCCUCCUCCUCCUCCUCCUCGCAGUUAAGGAACCAAAACUACCACCCGGAGCCUCAUUAAUUCUCUCUCUUCCCUUCCCUCCCCUCGCCCUUAACGGAGGAUCAUAUCAUCUUGGCCUUGCCGAGGAAGCAGAGGUGGGGAAGAUGGGAGGGUGUUGCAGCAGGGACGAGGUCGGGCGGAUGCCGACCUCCGGAGCAAUGGAGCGGGUCGAUGCGUUCUACGCGGCCGAGGAGGACAGCGUGCGUGUCGGCGACGGCGGCGCGCGCGUGAGGUUGAAAGGCUCGUGCAUGGUGGCGUCCAUGUUCACGCAGCAGGGUUGGAAAGGCGUCAACCAAGACGCCAUGACCCUGUGGGAGGGCUUCGCCGGAGACCAAGGCACCAUCUUCUGCGGCGUCUUCGACGGACACGGGCCGUACGGCCACAGGGUCGCAUGCCAUGUCCGCGACGCCGUGCCAUCGAGACUGCAAUCCGGGAUGAAGGCUUUCGAAGGUGGGGCUGGUGAUACCGGCGGCGACGGCGACGGCUGGUUCGCCUCGUGGAAUGCUACCAUCGUGAGUGCCUUCGAGGAAUUGGAUAAAGAGCUGAGCAACCACCCGUGGAUCGAUUGCAUCUGCAGCGGCGCCACAGCUGUGACCAUCCUUAAAGAGAGGGAUCACUUGAUAAUCGCCAACUUGGGAGAUUCCAGAGCGGUCCUCUGCACUCGAGACGACGACGACCAACUUGUUCCGGUCCAACUCACCGUGGAUCAGAAACCCAAUCUUCCGAGUGAAGCAGAGAGGAUUAGGAGUUGCAGGGGAAGAGUGUUCUCUCUCGAGGAAGAACCUGAUGUGCACAGGCUAUGGCUGCCUGACGAGGACAGUCCGGGGCUCGCCAUGGCCAGAGCUUUCGGCGACUUGUGCCUCAAGGAUUUCGGGCUCAUCGCCACCCCUCAGAUCUCCCACAGGAAGCUGUCGGACAAGGACGAGUUCGUGGUCCUCGCGACUGACGGCGUAUGGGACGUGCUGUCGAACGAGGAGGUGAUCAAGAUAGUGUCGUCGGCCAACAAGCGGUCGGCCGCGGCCAAGCAAGUGGUGGACCGCGCGGUUCGAGCGUGGCGGACGAAGCACCCCACGUCAAAGGUCGACGACUGCACCGUCGUCUGCUUCUUCCUCCAGCAGCCUCUUCCUGCGUCCAACAAGCCAACCCGCGGAAUUCGGAGAGACAGCACGGUUUCGGCGGACCUCUCCUGCACGGAUAGCUUUAGGACGGCGAGAAGCGAGGUCUCGGAACCGGAGAUGGAGGUGGGCGCAGGCGGAUCGCAACAGGAGUGGACGGCGCUGGAUGGGGUGAGCAGGGUGAACUCGCUGCUGAAGCUUCCUCGGUUCGCCAAGGCGUUGAGUUGGCGCAAGAGAUCCGUCAAGAUAGAGGAGGAUACAUAGCUGCGGAAACUAAGCUUAACGAUGCAGAGUUGGGAUGGUGAAGGAGGUGUAAGAGCUACAAGCGCUGCCGCUUCUGUUCAACAUCGAUCGAUCGACAUGGAUUCAUGUGAGGAGCUUGAAGAGAAUCAUGCAACAUUCAUUGUGUGUGUGUGUGUGUGUGUGUGUUCAUAAUAUGUGUCAUGCUUGCGCUCUAAAUUUGAUGCAUUAGUUGGAAUCCUAAUUGAUGCUUUAAUGUC